AUGCGCGCCGAGCCGGUAUGUGAUGCACUGGACUCGGUGUGCAUAGACAAAGCGCGUCCAGAACGAUGCGUCGAAAUCGGAGCAAAACUAGAAGAGCCUGUGAGAAGCAAACUUCUUUCCCUCCUCAAAGAGAACAUCAACACUUUUGCCUGGAUAGUGGAAGAUAUGUCGGGCAUAGGCAUCAACGUGACCUGUCACGAGCUGAACGUGGACCCAACCUUCAAACCAAUCAAGCAAAAAAGAAGGAAGCUCGGACCCGAACGAGCUAAAGCAAUUAACGAUGAAGUGGAUAGAUUGCUCAAAGUAGGAUCAAUCGCCAAGGCCAAAUAUCCAGACUGGCUUGCGAAUCCAGUGGUUGUGAAGAAGAAGAACGGCAAAUGGCGGAUCUGUGUAGAUUUCACUGACCUCAACAAGGCGUGCCCAAAAGACAGUUUCCCUCUACUGCACAUCGACCGGCUCGUCGAAGUCACUGCGGGAAAUAGGCUGUUAACAUUUAUGGAGGCGUUCUCCGGCUACAACCAAAUCCUGAUGCAUCCUGAUGAUCGGGAAAAAACGGCAUUUAUAACUGAUCGUGGGAUAUACUGCUACAAAGUCAUGCCGUUCGGACUCAAGAACGCAGGGGCAACAUAUCAACGGCUCGUCAACAAAAUGUUCGCGGAUCAGCUCGGGAAAACCAUGGAGGUAUACAUCGAUGAUAUGUUAGUCAAAUCACUCGAAGAGAAAGAUCAUAUCGCGCACCUACGGGAAUGCUUCGAGCAGUUGAACAAACACAACAUGAAACUGAACCCGGCGAAGUGCAGAUUUACGGUCACCUCGGGAGAGUUUCUCGGCUAUCUGUGGGACGAGCAAUGCGAAGCAUCUUUCCAUGAAUUGAAGAGUUAUCUGGCAAGCCCGCCGAUCUUGGCGAAACCAGUUGAAGAAGAGCCUCUCUUCCUCUACAUCGCCGUAUCUGCUACAACUGUGAGUGGGGUGCUUAUAAGAGAAGAACGAUCCGAUCAAAAACCCAUUUUCUACGUCAGCCAGACACUGACCGACGCCGAGACCCGCUACCCCCAGAUCGAGAAAGUCGCCUUAGCAGUCGUAGUCUCGGCUCGCAAGCUGCGUCCCCCGAGCCAAUCCGGCCGGCUCGCCAAGUGGGCCAUAGAAUUGAGCGAGUACGACAUCGAGUAUCGGAACAGGUCGUCUGCAAAAUCACAGGUGCUUGCAGAUUUUCUCAUCGAACUUCCGGCCGAAGCGACGAACGAGCCAUUCCCAGACGCAGUAUGGAUGCUGCAUGUCGACGGCUCGUCGUCUAAACACGGCUCGGGAAUAGGAAUCCGUCUCACCUCUACCACCGGAGAAAUAUUGGAGCAGUCUUUUUGCCUGAACUUCCACGCCUCGAACGACGAAGCAGAAUACAAAGCGCUGAUCGCCGCUCGUAGCAUGUCAAUUCAACGGAGAAUACGAGGCGAAAGACGGACGAAUGAGAGCUUACCUCAAGGUUUAACGAUUGCUUCAUCGUUCGACCUCACACGAAUACCCCGAGGCGAAAGCACCUCGGCUGACGCCUUGGCAGCACUUGCUUCGACUUCAGACCCGGAUCUCCGACGGACAAUUCCAGUCGAAAUCAUCGAACGUCCUAGCAUCGAAGAGGUAGAAGGAGUUCGGCUGAUAAAUCCUCCUGAGCAGGAACCAGAGAACGACGAAGCAAUCGCUAUGGAUGAAGACGCCUCACCAGCCGAGCUGGAGUACGGCUGCGACAAAGAAUGGCUCGGAGCCAUCCGAGUGUAUAUCGCCGAUGGAGAAGUACCAACCAACAAGUGGGAAGCCCGCAAAUUAAAGGUCCAGGCCGCGCGAUAUGUCUUCGUCGACGGCGAGGUGUUUAAAUGGAGAUUUUUAGGACCGCUCAUGACAUGCAUUGAAGGACCGGAGGCAAGAAAGAUCAUGCACGAAGUGCACAGCGGCGUGUGCGGAAACCAUUCUAUCGGAAGACACGGGGUCCCCUACAAGAUAGUCAUCGAUAACGGAUCCCACUUCAUCUCAACGCGUUUUGAAGCUUUCUUCGAGAAAUGGAAAAUCCGUUUGAGCAAAUCUACGCCAAGAUAUCCUCUAGGGAACGGAGAAGCCAAAACAGCCAACAAGACGAUCCUAGAUGGUCUGAAAAAGAGACUCGACGCCAAGAAAGGACGAUGGGCAGAUGAGCUCGAAGGAGUCCUUUGGUCGCAUCGGACAACUCCGCGCCGAGCCAUCGGAGAAACUCCAUUCGCUCUAGUCUAUGGAGCAGAAUGCGUAAUCCCCCCGAGGUGGAUUUCCCAGGUAUUCGAGGAAGACUUCUGCCGGGAGAAGAAGGCUUGA